AGCAACCCUGGGACUUGGAGCAGAGCAUCGGAUGCCGUCACCCGAGCGCUGCCCUCAUGUUGCAAGGAUAUAAUGAGAAGAAGGAGCAACUGGCCGUGCCUGGCGCAAAUGGCCUGCUGGACUUACACAGGAGCUCUUUGGAGGAGCUGCAAUUGGCCAGGAUCUAUACCAGGCAUCGAACCGAUGUGAUGCUAUCCCAAGGCUACAACAGCGAGGAGGAUGACUCAGAUGCAGACGAAACAGAUGGUCGCUUGUACACGGAAAGACAAUACCAUGACAAUGGAAAUCCCAAGUACUUCAGGACCUACAUGCGUCUUCCUGCCACAGUCUCCCAGCCAUCCCUGAAACCGCCUUCCUAUUGUGAGCGAUCAUGCGAACGUGUCAUUGAAGAGAAGCACUUCGAUGUUGGCGGUGUGUGUCGGCUUGACGUCCAUUUCGCAUUGGGCCAGCCUUACCUUAGCCGGAAGCACUUCUACGAGAAUCAGCGGCUGAAAUCAGAGAAGCUGUUUUUUGUCGAGGAUGAACGCACAAUGAGAUCACGCAAGGCUGGGCACUGGCGCGAGUACUUCGAAGGAGGGCAGAUCAAAUCCGAGAUCCAGUACGAUGAGCAUGGGAUGAGAUGUGGCUUUUGCAAGAGGUAUUCAGAAGAUGGUGCCCAGCAAUGGGUGAAGGACUACACAAAGGAAUACGGUGACCGGAUCGCAGAAUUCAACGCCAAGCGAGGGAAGCUUUCACUGAAUGCAGAGGAGGCAGCCGCCAUGCUUGGAUUUCGUGAGCACUACCUUCCCAAGGAUCGCCGGGAGGUGGAUUCUAUGUACCGCAAAAGGUGUGCACCGCUGCACCCAGACAAGUCGCCGGAUCCCGAUGCGCAUGAGCGCUUCUUGGAAGUAAGCCGAGCACGAGAGGUACUCUUGAAGUGGCUAGAAACAGAGCGUUGAGCCUGUGAGCUGCACCUUUGUGUGUGGCAACAUGUUUCAAGUCCCGUUUCGCCAGCUUCUGGCACCAAGCCGCCCUUGUGGAACGCCUCCAACUGCAAACUGAUUGUAUUGUCCAAGCGACAGGCGGUCCAAGCCCCAAAGAUGGGCUGCGCUCUCAUUUGAAGAUAUCAAAGGGAUCAAAA